AGCUUGGUUGGUAAUCUAUGGGUAAUCUAAGCAGCCACCUGCUGUCACCUGUGAUUCAAAACAAAACAUUGGUGAAAAAAAUGAUUGUUUUUUAAAUAAGAAUAAUAGUCUGAAAGAGAGCCGGUUUGAAAUGAGUCUAAAAAAUAUUAAAUUAGUUACAUUUGACGUGACAAAUACCCUUCUAAAGUUCAAGGUACCUGUAUGGGAAUACUACGCCAAGAUAGCUCGUGAUCACGGCUUCACGGGCACUGAAGAACAUGUGAAGGCCAACUUCAAGAAAAUCUUCAAGCAAAUGUCGGAACAGCAUCCUAAUUACGGAAGGAAGUCUAUAGAAUGGCAGGACUGGUGGUGCCGAGUAGUCAGCGCGACUCUGAGAGAUCAUCUGCCGAGCAAUGCCAACUUAAACGUAAUUGCUCACACUCUUAUCAAUGAAUUCCGAACGGACAGAUGUUGGCAGUGUGCCCAAGGAGGUGACAAACUAAUCGACAACUUUAAGAAAUUAGGAGCAACAGUUGGAGUUAUAUCGAAUUUUGACCCUCGUCUCCAUGAUAUACUGCAAAAUGUGAGCUUAAGAAAACACUUUGAUUUUAUCAUCACAUCCUAUGAAGUUGGGUAUAGUAAGCCGGAUGAGCAGAUAUUUAAAGGAGCGAUCAGUAAAUGCAACAAAAACAUAUCACCAUCAGAGGCUCUGCAUGUAGGUGAUGACGUGGUGAAGGAUUACGAAGGAGCGAGGGCUGCAGGAUGGCACGCUAUACUUGUGAACCCUAGUCUCGGUAAAGGGUCACUGCCUUCAGAAGAACAUGUGUUCAAGAGCUUACAAGAUUUGAGUAAUGCUGUAGAGGACAUGAAAUUGAAAUUAUAAUGGAAUACAAUGCCA